AUGUUUUUGAUCCUUUUCAUAUCGUAAUCUAUUGCUUUGUCAUGCACAAAUUAUGGUGAAGACUAUCUGAAGAUAGUUGCACACAACAACGAAUACUUGCACUAUCCCAUAACUUAGGCUUUCGAUGAUUGGAGAGAUUUUGCUGAUUAUGAAUUGAUUGAUCACAAUAAUAAACUUUAAUUAAACUAACCAAUUCAAUUGUUAAGUAGUGGUAUAGUUGAUGAAACACAAUGUAAAAUUCUUUAUUAUAUUUGUAGAGGACAAUAAGAUAAUCAAAUUCGAUGGAGUUUAAAGGAAGGACAGAUACUGGCCUAAUUAAUAUGGUAUAUUGAGAAUUGUUAAGAAUUAAUAUGAAUUAAUAUAUAAUUUAGAAUAAUGGUACAGCAAUGAAGACAGAAUGCCUAAAUUUGAUAAAUCAAUUGAUAUUGGAUCUACUGAUUAGAUUAUUUGCUAUGAUUUUGUUUGGAUAACAAGUAAAUCUGUAAUCAUAGAUUGUAUUGAGAUGAUAGAUGAAGUAGAAACCAAUUAUUUUUAUAUAUUUCAAAUUGGAGAUUAAAUUAAAAAGUCAAAAAUACUAAAUGAUUAUCCAUACUCUAAAAACUAAGAAAGAAAACUAUAUAUUCAAAGUAAGUACUUAUAUAGAGUUACUAAGAAGAAUCAAUAUAAUAAUUAGAAUUAAGUGGAAAUGUUUCAAUAUAACUCUGAAACCCUUGAACUCACAAAAUUUGCAACAAUAAAUAGCUAAUUUUUUAUAGAUAAUGAUUUCACUUUAUUAUAUACAGAUUACUCAAAUUUAUUAAUUUUGGAUUUCAAAUGCAGUGACACCUAUUAAUUUACUUUCCUAGAUGAUUUCCAAAAUAUUGUAUAUCUAUCGAAUUAUCGUGAUGAAUGGACAUUAACAGUAGACAAGUGUAAAUAUAAAAUUCUUUCUUACGAUUUUGAUUUCUUCUCUAAAGAAUACAUAGGAGUUGGAUAAUCCUUUUUCUAUUAUUCAGAGUAUAGGUCCUAAUUAUAAUUCUCCUUUGAUUCGAGUAAAUACACUCCAUAUUUGGUUGGUGAAUUUACCAAUCUGGCUUCCUCUGAAUCCUUAAUACAAAUAGUAGGUUAUGAAAUUUCAUUUAUUAAACAAGGUGAUUUUUCAUAAGUCUUAAUUGAUUCAUAGAGCAAUGAAAUAUUUUCAAUAUAAGGAAACAGAAUUUUAAGGCUCACAAACUAGUACCAUGUUAAUUUGGCCUACCAUCCUACUGACGAGGCAGACUCGAAUGUCUACUAAGCAUAGGUAAGUUAUAAAGGCUGUACUUUGAAUAUUGAAUAUUAAACUAUUGCCUCUGAUAGCUAAUAAUUGAUAUAAGUACGAAAAGAUGAAUUUAUGUUUUGGAAUCCAUUCUUAGCUUCUUCAAUGUUUAAGAUCAAUUACUUUAAUAAUCUGGUUUAGGGACCAAAUACAAGUUUUGCCAUUUUAGACGAAUAAGGGAAGAUCUCAGAUAAUUUUUAUUAAGUCCAAUCUAAUUAAGUUGCUGUAGAUAUCCCACCUCUAACAAAUUAUGUAUUCUUAGAAAUUGUUCAAUACAUUAGAAGUGAAGUUAAGAAAUUGAUGGUGAUAUCCUAAGAUGAUAAAUUGAAGCUCACUUUAUAAUUAUGUUCAUAGAAAGAAUAUAAAUUUUCAUGUUCAAUAGUUUAAGAAAGUCAACUAGAUUUUCAAUUGACAAAAGAAAACACAGCUAUAUCAAGCUACGAGGAAUAUAUUUCGAUUUCUACUUUGAUAUCAUCAGAAAAAUUAUCAUACAUGCUUUACCAUGAACCUGGUUAUUUUAGAAUUUAAUCCUAUACUUUGGAUAAAGAAAAAGAAAUAGACACAAUGGCAUAUUUUACGUUUACUUUAGUACUAUCUUCAUCGAAAUAAUAAGUCGUAUAUGUCUACUAAAUAGCUUUGUAGAUGAACUUAUUAUACUCAUUUUCAUCCAAAGAUUAUGAAUUUAUUAAACCUAAUAAGCUAUUUAACUANUCUGAAACCCUUGAACUCACAAAAUUUGCAACAAUAAAUAGCUAAUUUUUUAUAGAUAAUGAUUUCACUUUAUUAUAUACAGAUUACUCAAAUUUAUUAAUUUUGGAUUUCAAAUGCAGUGACACCUAUUAAUUUACUUUCCUAGAUGAUUUCCAAAAUAUUGUAUAUCUAUCGAAUUAUCGUGAUGAAUGGACAUUAACAGUAGACAAGUGUAAAUAUAAAAUUCUUUCUUACGAUUUUGAUUUCUUCUCUAAAGAAUACAUAGGAGUUGGAUAAUCCUUUUUCUAUUAUUCAGAGUAUAGGUCCUAAUUAUAAUUCUCCUUUGAUUCGAGUAAAUACACUCCAUAUUUGGUUGGUGAAUUUACCAAUCUGGCUUCCUCUGAAUCCUUAAUACAAAUAGUAGGUUAUGAAAUUUCAUUUAUUAAACAAGGUGAUUUUUCAUAAGUCUUAAUUGAUUCAUAGAGCAAUGAAAUAUUUUCAAUAUAAGGAAACAGAAUUUUAAGGCUCACAAACUAGUACCAUGUUAAUUUGGCCUACCAUCCUACUGACGAGGCAGACUCGAAUGUCUACUAAGCAUAGGUAAGUUAUAAAGGCUGUACUUUGAAUAUUGAAUAUUAAACUAUUGCCUCUGAUAGCUAAUAAUUGAUAUAAGUACGAAAAGAUGAAUUUAUGUUUUGGAAUCCAUUCUUAGCUUCUUCAAUGUUUAAGAUCAAUUACUUUAAUAAUCUGGUUUAGGGACCAAAUACAAGUUUUGCCAUUUUAGACGAAUAAGGGAAGAUCUCAGAUAAUUUUUAUUAAGUCCAAUCUAAUUAAGUUGCUGUAGAUAUCCCACCUCUAACAAAUUAUGUAUUCUUAGAAAUUGUUCAAUACAUUAGAAGUGAAGUUAAGAAAUUGAUGGUGAUAUCCUAAGAUGAUAAAUUGAAGCUCACUUUAUAAUUAUGUUCAUAGAAAGAAUAUAAAUUUUCAUGUUCAAUAGUUUAAGAAAGUCAACUAGAUUUUCAAUUGACAAAAGAAAACACAGCUAUAUCAAGCUACGAGGAAUAUAUUUCGAUUUCUACUUUGAUAUCAUCAGAAAAAUUAUCAUACAUGCUUUACCAUGAACCUGGUUAUUUUAGAAUUUAAUCCUAUACUUUGGAUAAAGAAAAAGAAAUAGACACAAUGGCAUAUUUUACGUUUACUUUAGUACUAUCUUCAUCGAAAUAAUAAGUCGUAUAUGUCUACUAAAUAGCUUUGUAGAUGAACUUAUUAUACUCAUUUUCAUCCAAAGAUUAUGAAUUUAUUAAACCUAAUAAGCUAUUUAACUAGUAGCAAGAAACCUAAAAGUAGGUUCAUUUGCUUUUCUUAUUUAAUAAAUAAGAUCAAUUGUUAGUUAUUCUUUAUUUAGACUAUCAUCUACAUUAUGUUGCCAAUUAGAUUUAAUUAAAAGAUGUUGAAAACAUCUAAGUUUUAAUUGGAUCCUAGAAAUUUGUAGUUGUUUAGGAGAAGGAAAAUAUCAAUCAUGAGAUUUUAAUCUAUAACAUCGAAAACUAUUGCAAUAUCUUCCUCGAAAAAUCUAUACCUCUAUAUUCGCUUGCUCUUGAAAACUUAUUUGAGAAUACUGUAUUCAACUCAUAUCUAAAUAGUGUCUUUGUGAAAAGUUAAAAUAAGUUAUUCAUAUAUCAAAUUAAUAAUCCUAGUCAUAAUACUUUUUUUAAAGAAUUUAUUAUUGAUAAAGAUGUGAAAGAUAUAUUUGGCAUCAUGAAUUAUGUAAUAUUUGUUUAGAAAUAAGAACUCAUAAUUUAUGACAUCUAUACCUCAUACUCCUUUGGUUAUAAUGUUAAUAUGAACAAUGAUAUAUUUGUUCAAUUUAACCAAACCCAAGUAUAAUUUUCAAAUGAUAAAAGCAAAUUGAACAUAAAAUAGAAAUUCAAAUAUGUCAACAUGAAUACAAAAAUCGAAGUUUACCCUGAGAAACUCAAAAUAGUGACCAAACUUGAUAAGGCAUAGUAAGACAAUUUUGUUCAAGACAUGGGAUCUGAUUGGUACUCUGGAUAAGUUGUUCGAUUCUAAUUGCUAAAUGACGAUGUUAUCAAGAACACACAGAUCAUUUAACCUAUCAAUGAGACUGAACAUAUAUUUUAUAAAGGUUCAAGAUCAGUUAAGGAUUUUGACAAUACUACAUUAUUUGUUCUUAAAGACCAGACCUAUGGCUUUGUAGACAAAGCAACUGGAAAUCUUAUUAAAGAGUUCACUUUCUUAGAUAAAGAUUUCUAAUGUAAAUCAAUUCUUUAUGGGUAGGAUUAAAAUUUUAUAGUUUCCUGUAAUUAAGAUACAAAACAAAUGGUAUUUGGAAUCAGUUGCAAGAACUAAGUUUGCGAGAAUAGUAAAGGCCUUCAAAUUGAUAAUCCUUUGAGAAAAGCAUACUAUUUUGAAAACAAUAUGUUUUUGAUCGGUUAAAACUAUUUAUUCGUUUAUGGGGUUAAAGAAUCAUUAUUAAAAAUCGAGGCAGCUACACUUUUUGGUUAUAUAUAGCUUGCUUCAGAUAGUUAUUCAAACACAAUAGUGAAGAUUAAGCCCAACCAUUAUCAUUUAUACUCAUUUAACAUAUUUGGGAGAUUGCUGAUAAGAGAGUUGAAGAUAUUAGAUGAUACAUUGAUUUAAUUUAAUGAAAUUUUGAUUAAUGUACUAGGAUAUUUAAAUAGUGAUUAUUAUAUGGAUAAUCAGUUGGUUGAAAUGGAAGUAUUAUCAACCAUUUUAGAGGCUGAGUUAUUUCAAGGGAAAUUUCUAUUUUUUGCCAAAUAAGGUGCUCAUUAUGGAAUGAAUUAUAACUUCACUUGCAAAGAUGAAGGAUGUUAACUCAAAAGUCAAGAAGUCUUUUCAGUUAUCUAAGGUUAUGAGGACUUUUGGUUGUUCGAGAAAUAUACUCCCACUAUAAGUUUAUAGAAUGAUUUGCUACUAAUUUUAUAUUAGGAUAUGAGAAGCAGUUUGAAAAUGUUAGCUGCUUAUCGGCUUCCGUCGAAGAAUUAGAAAAACGUUCCCAUUCUAUUCUUUGGAGCAUUAGAAUUUUCAGCUUUAUUUUAUAGGAUAGAAAAGUAAUUGACAUCGUAUAAAUUGAAUAAUAAGGUAAAUAUCAUUCUAAUUUAAUAGGAAUAUCUCUUGUUUAAUAAUUAUGAUUAUAGUAUACUUACAAGGUAUGAAGUUAAUUCUUCCCCCAAGAUAGUUUACAACGGAACUAUGAAAAAAGAGGUGGAAUACCUUUCAGUUAGAAAUUAUUUCAAAAAUGAACUGAUGUUAUUUAAUAUUGAGAUUGAGUCAUCAGCAUCUGCAGAGAAAUCUUAUCUUUGGCUUUGGAUAUUGUUGGGCGUUUUAGGAGGGCUAUUGUGUAUUGGAAUAGGGGUCUAUUUUUUUAAGAAUAAGAAAAAGGUUGAUACAUUAAUCUGA